AUGUCCCCCGCCUGCCGGGCGGCUGCUUACAGUUCCACCGACAGGCAGCCAGCCGAGCGGGUGCCCACUCGCGUGACUGGGCGCCUGCCCGAGUGGCUGAAUGGGACCUACAUUCGCAACGGGCCGGGCGACCUGCAAGCCGUGGAGCACAUGUUCGACGGCUAUGGCAUGCUGUCGUCCUUUGAGUUUGACGGCAAGGCCAACACUGCCACCGGCUCUCACCGGUGA